AUGCUGAAACAUCAGGAGUACACCGCAUGGGUUUCGGUUGAUGGACAGCCGCUGGAAGUUUAUGCUGUGGAGACAUCUUUGGCCACCAACGAAGUGACAUGCUGGAUCGCGUCGGAAGCUGGCAAGGAGUUUUCUGUGCAUUGUCAAAACACCUCUGCCCCUGGCGUCGAUACCAUUGGUGCAUUCGUCUAUAUUGAUGGACAGGGGUGCCACGGUGGCUUGUUCGAGCGUUGGAGCACGGAUCAUACUAUCAACAUUAGCAACGCGUUUGUUUCUGAUAGGAUCACCAAAUCGCUCGUGUUUUCAACUGUUCGGCUAACAGAUGAAGAUGAAUUCGUGGAUACAUCAUCAGCCGACUUAGGACAAAUUCAAAUCAGAGUUUGCAAAGUAACGCUUGGGGAUUACUACAAUCCCUCGCAGGAUCGUCUUCAAACUGAACACAAAGUGCACGAGCGCUCGAAGAAAGCAGUGACACACUGUGUGGGGCUUGGUGAGGAAACUAUAGUUCCACAAACAAUGUUGCGCAAGUCACAGUGCAUUGGUCAGCCUCUCGCAGUAUUCACAUUCAAAUACAGAGACCGAAAUCUUUUGAAGGCGAACGGAGUUAUACCAACACCAGCACCCUUGAAACGCAAGGCAUCGCAGGAAAUCAUUGACCUUACUGUUAAUGAUGUCAGGGUAGGGAGUAACAGAUCCAAUGAUCUGGUCCGAGGAGAACACACUUCUCAGAGAACAAAAGAGACGGAGCGCAAGAAUAAGAAGGUGAAGCAAGAACAGAAGCCCGGUGUAUUCGUAGAAGUCAUUGAUUUGACGUAG